AUGGCCAUGGCAGUGGGCGUUCCAAUGUUUAUUGAAAAUCUUUUAGCCAUUCUUGUAUUAUUGAACUGCAAAACAAUGACAGUUCAGAUUCGAACCCUGUUGCUUAAUUUGUCCGUAGCCGAUUGUUUGACCGGUUUAGUACUCGCCAUUCCAGACUUUGCAUACCAACUGACUUUCCAUUGUCGGAUAAAGAAAUAUAUGGGAGCUACCAUAACCUUUGCAUCGAUUCUAACCGUUUCACUUCUAAACCUGGAUAGAUGCCUCGCUCUGUUUUUCGGAAUAAGAUAUUAUGUCAAAGUAACAGAUGUCAAAGUGAAAAUUUCCUGUGCUCUGCUUUGGAUCCUUGCAUUCCUGAACUCUUACUUCAUGUAUUUAGACCUCUCCUUGUCAUCAGGAAUAUACUGUCUAAAAGUCUACUCCUCGCCUUCAAAUUUUGCAACAAAGUUUGCAAAGAUUAACUGCCUCAUAUUCGUCUUCUUUAAUGUCCUCCUUCUGGGAUACCUGUUGUACAAGAUACCAAGGAAAGCCACCAAUACGGUUCUCGCCAAGAUGGCGAUAAUCACCGGAACUGCUCUCGUCUGCUACACCCCGGGUUUAUUUCUUCACGCCUUUUUCCCAAUUGAAGAUGACUAUUACCGUAAACUAAUCGGCUACACGGGCGUAUUGGCGUUCAGUAACAGUAUACUUAAUCCGAUCCUAUAUGUUUGGAGGUUUAAAGAAGCCCAAUAUGUCGUCACUAAAGUGGUUUGUUUUUGGAACAACGCUUUCCUAGAAAAGAGACGUGAAGACUGGAAACAGAGAACAGCGACCUUUCAAAUUAAUAUUGUUAAUGGAGACCACAUAGAGAUAAACUCAGCUUUGUAA